AUGACCCCAGUUUCAGAGCGACUGGUGUUGCAGCUGGUGAAGUUGCGUCAACGUGAUGAGGAGGUGGAGCGGGAGAGAGCUCUUCUGCGUGAGAGGGAGGAGCACAGGGUUUCCUUGCAAGAACGGUUAGCACGGAUGCAGGAGCAGCUUCAGAAGGUGGAGUCCGUGCGCUCAACACUGGAGGAACUUAAUCGGGCGGAGGAGCAAAAAUAUGAGCAGGCACGGAAGGAAGAUGAGAAGGAGAGGGAGAAGCUUUCAGAGAGCCUUCGUGUUGCCAUUGAUACUGUGAAUGCUUACUCGGAAGAGGUGAUGCAGCUGGAAGCGAAGUCACAACAUGAGAACACCUCCCUGAAGGAGCAACUGGAAAUUUAUGCCAAGUAUCACUCUACAGGAGAGGACAAGUAUAGAGAGAUUAUGCAGGCCCGCGAGACGGAGUACGCAAAGAUUGAGUCCAAGCGGGAUGCGGAUGUGGCUCGUAAGCCACAGCUUGAGAAGGAGUUGGCAGAGGAAAUUGAGGGACUGGAAGCAGCCCACAAGGAGCAUGCGCAACUACAGGAGAAGGUGAAUGGGUGGCUGACGUACCUGGAGGAUAUUCAAAAACGUCUGUUGAAGGCGCGGGGAUCUUUUGAAAGUGCCAAGAGUGAGAAGGAACGUCAGCUGCGGCGAAUCUACGCAUUGGAGAGUGAUAGACAACAAAUGAUAUCAAGAGCCGAGAAGAGCAAGGCGGAACGUGAUAAGGAACAUGCAAAGGUAAUGCUUCUUGAAGAGAAGAUAAACACCCAGAAGAAGCAGACAGAGAAGCUACUGGCUGUGGCGGCAAUGCUGGAGGGCGGGGGGGAAAAAGAACCAUGA